AUUCAGUCAAAGGGCCAUACUGUUGUUGAAGUUGUUGAAAAUGAGUUGAGAACACCUUCCCAACCGUUUUGGGACACGGAUAGGGCUCGAACCCUAAACCCUAAAACCUCGUUUCUCGCUACGCACUUGAGCCUCAUCCAACCAAAACCUUCCGUAGCCAGCGCUGGCAUUUCAACCUCCGACGACAACGACAACGACACUCCUCCGCAUUACCCAUCACCAUCACCCGUCAUCAACGAUCGAGAUGGCGAAGGAACGCACCGGUAUCAUCGUCGGCUUGAACAAAGGCCAUAAAACCACGGCCAACACGAUCAAGCCACGCAUCUCGCGGACAAAGGGCCACCUCUCCCGCCGCACACAGUUCGUCCGUGAGAUCGUCAAGGAAGUCGCCGGUCUUGCCCCAUAUGAGCGCCGUGUCGUCGAACUAUUGAGAAACGCCCAGGACAAGCGGGCCCGUAAGCUCGCGAAGAAGCGGCUCGGUACCUUCGGCCGUGCCAAGAGAAAGGUCGACGAGAUGCAAGGGGUCAUUGCUGAGGCCAAGAGAGCCGGCCAUUAAAUAUUCUUGUUUUCUAAGGGAGAAAAAGAAGGCGCCUGGUUUUCGUGGAGAGGGAUAUGAUAUGGAGAGGGACCGGCUUGUUGCUGUUUGCUACUCUUUGAAUUGAGGGUUUGGUGUCAUGGUUUACCAUCAAAACAUCCCUUUUUUUUUUUUUUUCCUUGUGUUUUUUUUUUAAUAUUUAUAUUAACGGAAACGAUAUUUCGAAGAAAAAAUAAAACAACAAACAAACCAAUACCAUAACAUAUCCAGAUCCCUCUUUUCUUUUGUUGCUACUAUUUGAACGUUUUUUCCGGCCAUUCCCCAUCUUCUCUAGAUCCGGCCGUUGGCGGCCUCUCGAUCCCUUUGCGCACCAGCAACCUAAAGUUCAGUACGGUAGAGGAUGGGACAUGCCAACUGUCACCCGAUAACUGCAAAAUGAGGGGCCAUAUGGGAGAAGAUGGAAAAAAUGUGCCUUAGCCAUAAGCGACCGCGAUGGAAUCUAGCAGCUCUAUUUUCGGUGCACUUUGCGCUCCGGCUGGCGGAGAAUCAAUCAUCUUGCCAUACAACUUCGCCGGGUACGCAUGUAUCACAGAUAGUCUGCGUGUAACCAACCUCGACAACCUCGUAGAAAACGCACCCUACCAUAGGAGAAGCUAGAUGAAAGAGAAAACCGGGUAUGUAUCAUGUACGGUAUGAAGUUGAAAUGCGAUUAUUGCCCUCCCAACGAGCCCGAGACGGGCGAAGUAGGCUUUAUAAAAAAAAAAUCUCAAAUUCAUAAUCAUAUGCCUCAUGGACAUCUAAGCUCAUCAUAAAAGUUAAAAGCGUGAAAUCCUACCCCCCUAUUCCAAUAGUCAACAAUAGAAAUAUAAUAAUAAGACCCUUCUUCCCCUACUUCUUCCCCGGUAACUUCAACCACUUCGGUACGCCACCCCCUUUCCUUCCCCCAGACAUCGCCCGAUCCCCACCGCCACCGCCCAGCCUCUGCAACGAAGACUUAUCCUCCUUAUCAUCGAUAGGUACAGCAGCAACCUCCUGCACCUUGAUCUGGCUAGCAACCUGCCGUAGUUCCGGGCGGAGGAUAUGCCCACGAGUCGACGCGAUCUUCGCCUUCGACGAGACAUUAUUCGCCCAGGAGAAAUUCACCAGCACGCGGCCGUUCAUGCGUAGAUCGCGAAUGAGGAGUUUCUCAGCCACGUCGGGGAUUACCGAUUGACCUUUUAAUAAUAACGAAUGCUGGGUACCUGAACCUGCGCCCGCACCGGCACCGGCCGCGCCAGCAGCGAAGAAAGAUAACGAGAAUCCCUCGCUCGCUAUAGAACCAUCUAGACAGCUUCUGACAAAGGCAUAUAGCCCCUGCGCCGUAUCUUCCCUGGUGAACUUGGAGACCACCUGGCUCUGGUCCGGGAAGCGGAUCUUGACUUCGACGUCGGCGACGCUGGCGAGCUUAGUUUCCUGGGCGGAUGCUUUGGCGGCCAGUUCUGCGUCGGUGGGGAGGCGGUUUGGACGGGAAGUGCGGUUGAGGUGGAGUUGGUGGGCUUUUGCAUGGUUGACGGUAGGGAUGUAGUCGUGUUCGUUGAAUGGUGUUUGCGCGGAUUGUGGUACUGUGCUUGACGGUGGGGCGUAGACGGUGGUAGGUCUUGAUGAUACAAUUGUCGUUGGCGAAGGGGGUUGUUGUUGACGUUCUUCUGGUGUAGCUGGCUGUUCGGGAGUGGUAUCCAU